AUGGUUAAGGUGGAAAUACAAAAUGAUAAGGAAGUUAUUGUUCGAGAAUCAAACGAAGCCUUUUCCUUUUUAGAUGUUAUUAAUAGCGUGGAUAAUCUGCCACAAGAUUACUUGAAUUGCAAAUCAUUUAAAUCGAAUGUUUUUACUCUACAAUCUCAUACUGAAGUUCCCAUCGGUUAUAUUCCAAAAUUUGUUAUUAAUGAAUUUGAGAGCAACGUAGAUAGCAUUAUCAUAGAUAAUUUGUUUGAGAUUUCAAAAGAAAAUAAAACCGUCAGGUUCGUUUCAGAAACAUUUGAUAAAAGGAAUAAAGAUUUGGAUGUUUUAGCUAAAUAUCUAUAUAAUAAUUCCACAAAUUUAAAAGAAAUCAAAGGCUGGAGAAAUGAAAAAUAUACUGUCUGGAUCUCUAAAGGAAAUCCAUAUAUAUUAGUUGAAAGGUCAAUGGCAGGCUUAUUAGGCAUUAUUACUUACGGAAUUCAUAUUAAUGGCUAUAUAAAAGACCCUGCUACUGGCCAGUUAAAAUUCUGGAUCCCGAGAAGAUCUUCUAAAAAGCAAACUUGGCCAUCAAUGUUAGAUAAUGUUGUUGCUGGUGGACUUUCACAUCCUUUUUCAAUUUCAGAAACAGUUCUAAAGGAGGCAACUGAAGAAGCAAAUUUAUCACCAGAUUUCGUAAAACAAAACAUUAAAGCUGUAGGAGUAACAUCGUAUUUUCACUAUCCUGGAGAACUAGAGAAAGAUACCUUCGACGACGAAUCGAGUUUCAUCGUGGGUGAAGUUGAGUACUUAUAUGACAUUGAAUUUCCAAUUAGCAUUAUACCAAAACCAAAUGACGGAGAGGUUGAAGCUUUUAAUUUAUUUACUUUGCAACAAGUCGUUGAGUCUUUAAAGAAGCUAGAGUUUAAGCCAAAUUGUGGUUUGAUUAUGGUUGAGUUUUUAAUUAGACAUGGAUAUAUUAACCCUGAUAAUGAGCCUAAUUUCUUAACUAUUCAAAAUAAAAUACAUAGAACAUUACCUUUUCCUGUUCGUAACUAA